GCCAAGCCAGCAGAGAAGUGGGUUCUGUCUCCACCUGAGAAGUAGGCUUUACUAGUAGAUUAGAACAGAACAUAAAUUACUUGCAGCCAUUCCUGCAAGAAUCUAAAAAGAAAAAGAAAAAAAAUCAAACCAGAACAAGGAAAAGAAAGAAAUCUCAGCAUUUUUUCUGGAUAAGCUCUCCCACACUAAAAAAAAUUAACCUCUUGCAAAGACAAGAGAGAAAGGGAGAGUAACAUUUUCUCUUCCUCCCAUAUAACCACCCCCCUUGUCUGUCUCCGUCACAGCCACCACGCCCCUCCUCUCUGUUCUUCCUUUCUUCGUUGUUGGCAUAAUUGAAAAGACAAACCGGAGAGCCCUGCCGAGGAAGUGACAGUUUUUUUAUGCCAUGUCAUAUUAUUAUAAUCUUGUUUCAUUAUAUAAGCUUCUGCAAACACAUCACAUUUUCCCAAAAUUUAAAGCUUCCUAAGUUUUUUUGGGUUCUUCUUCAAGAAACACACAUCCACCCCUUCUUUGAAGAAUCUUCUUCUACAGAGAAGCUCAAGGUUAAACAACGAAGACCUAAUAACCUAAGCCAUUUUAAUUGCUACUUCGAUGAAGCUUCCCAGUAUCUACAUUCUCUUAAUUUGCCUCUUUACUUCUUUCACUCGAUUCAUUGUUGAAACUACUGCCUUCAAUCUCACCCUUCCACACCAACAUCCAGACCCUGAGGCUGUUGCUGAAGAUGUAAAACGGAGAGUCAAUGCAUCUCUAUCAAGAAGGCACCUUUUGUCCAUUCAAGAGAAGGACCAAUGCCAAACUGGAAACCCCAUCGACGAUUGCUGGAGAUGCAACUCUAAUUGGGCUAACAACCGCCAACGUUUAGCUGACUGCGCCAUUGGAUUUGGUCAAGGCUCGUUAGGUGGAAGAGGUGGUCAGAUCUAUGUGGUCACUGACUCCUCUGACUAUGAUCCAGCCAACCCAAAACCAGGCACCUUACGUUACGGUGUCAUCCAAGACCAACCCCUGUGGAUCAUCUUCUCUUCAAAUAUGGUCAUUAAGCUCAAACAUGAGCUUAUUUUCAAUAGUUACAAAACUAUUGAUGGCCGUGGCGCAAAUGUUCACAUUACAGGAAAUGGGUGCAUAACACUUCAAUACGUAUCACACAUUAUUAUCCACAACAUCCACGUUCACCACUGCAAGCCUUCUGGAAAUACUAACAUAGCAGCAUCACCAACACAUGUUGGAUGGAGAGGGAGAUCAGACGGUGAUGGCAUUUCCAUUUUUGGGGCCCAGAAGAUUUGGAUCGAUCACUGUUCUUUAUCUUAUUGCACUGAUGGUUUGAUUGAUGCUAUAAUGGGGUCCACUGGGAUUACCAUAUCAAACAACCAUUUUACCCACCAUGAUGAAGUGAUGCUAUUGGGUCAUGAUGAUAAGUAUGCACUGGACACAGGUAUGCAAGUUACCAUAGCCUUUAAUCACUUCGGCCAAGGGCUGGUGCAACGUAUGCCAAGGUGUAGAAGAGGGUAUAUACAUGUGGUGAACAAUGAUUUUACAGCCUGGGAGAUGUAUGCUAUUGGUGGUAGUGCGAAUCCUACCAUAAAUAGUCAAGGGAAUCGAUAUACCGCACCAACUGAUGAUAAUGCCAAAGAGGUAACAAAGAGGGUGGACACAAACGAGGGAGACUGGGCAGGUUGGAAUUGGAGAACAGAUGGGGACAUAAUGGUAAACGGAGCGUUCUUUGUGCCCUCAGGAGCCGGUCUGAGUGCACAGUAUAGUAAAGCCUCCAGUGUGGAACCCAAGUCUGCUGGUUUAAUUCAACAACUCACCUUGAAUGCUGGUGUCUUCGGUGACCCUAGUUGGUUUUCAAUCAUUUGCACAGAGAUGACAGUGGGAGCAUUUCUACUCCGGGAUUCAGCGGAGGUGGGACUAGCUCCACAACCAACACCGGCGUCCAGGGGUCCGGGUCCAGCGGUGGUGGCGGCGAUUACUUCGGAAUGAUAUUCGGGAGCGGUGCUCCACCACCCACAUCUACCAGCUUAAUCUUUUUGUCCCUUCUAAUUAUUUUAAUUCUGUGCACCAUCACCAACCAUGUUGCCUUGGAAUCUUUCCCAUUAUUAUCAUUAUAGAAGUCUAAAUUGAAGGAGAGAAAAAUUCAUCAUCAAUAUUAAAGAUUUAAAGGGGAAAAUGUCAUCACAA